ACGUCUAUUGUACAAUUUUAUGGAAAAAUAUUCCCAGAAGAAACAGAUUCGUUUGAAUGUUGUCAGUAUAAAACUGUAAAAUGCUUGAAAUUUUAGCCUAUAAAAAUGAACCUAGAAUGAAACAGUAAAAUUCUGCUUUUGAGAAAUAUAAUUAAAUCUCGUUUAUUGUCUUUUGAAAACUUAGAAAAUAGGGUAGGCCUAGCCUACAAGUUUACGUACUUAUCUUGUAGCGCAAACUUUAAUGAGUUGAAUAUUUUUUAUAUAUCUUAUUAAUCCGUUUAGUGGUAAAAUAUUUCUAAUUGGAGAGAACACCAUUUAUGAAGAAACAAAAACUGAGUUAUCAAUUCAAUCCAUUCAAACUUGUUUGGUGAGUGACGCCAGUCAGAAAUAGUUUCACAGAUGAACUUGUUAGACGUGUAGCUUUUUCAGCGUUGAUAAGGAAGUAUUAUCUCCUCCUUUUACAGUCAGUUUCAGAAGCAAUCAUGAGGGACAGAUUGGAUGAUCUUCAGACCAUUUCAGAGUCCAACGACCAUCUGGAAGAGCUGGAAUCAGACUCUUUCAGCAAUGUGGACCUGGAGGAGGAUUUCAACCAGCAGGCCGUCAUUUUUGACAACAGCGAUGAGAUGGAGUCUGUGCUCGAUGAGGCUCAGGACACUAGACGUGAGAUUCAGCUCAUCCGUCUCGAGGUGAAGCGUCUCAGGGACCAAAACACACGUAUACUUAGCGAACCAACUCGUACAACACACGUAAAGCAUGACGCCAACGUCAUCGCUGGUGACAUCAAGACCCGUGGACAGGACGUUCUGACACGUCUGCAAAAAAUGAAUGCCCAUGCCAAAGAGCUUGAAGAGGAGCAUGGCGUCAACUCUGCUGUGGCGAGAAUCGCCCGAACACAGUACACCAGCCUAAGCAACAACUUCCGAGACACAAUGACCGAGUACAACGAUGCUGAGAUGAGUCACAAGGAAUCGUGCAAGCGUCACAUUCAACGGCAAAUGGAGAUUGUGGGCCGAGAGGUGUCAGGUGACCAGAUUGAAGAGAUGCUAGAGAAUGGUCAGUGGAACAUCUUCAACGAUAACGUCAUGUCAGAAGGGAAAACGGCUCGUUCUGCACUCAACCAGAUUGAGAGUCGACAUCGGGACCUGCUUGAGUUAGAAAGCCGACUCCAGAGCCUUCAUGAAGUGUUUCUGGACGUGGCUAUGCUUGUAGAGGAACAAGGACCCAUGACAGACUACAUCCUAAACAAUGUUCAGAAAACUGAUGCUUUGCUUGGUGAAGUCCUUAUCAAACUGGAACGGGCCAAAAGACAUGACAAUAACAACCCAUUCAAGAAAAUGUUCUGUGGAUGCUUUCCGUGUGUAAAACACUGAUCAGAGCGUUUGUCAACUGUGUGGACUUUGGGAGGCCUGCAGUAUCUGCUGACUUUUGUUGUUCAUUUAGAUAAGGACCAUUGUCUUCCAAGACUAAGCUCUUUGAGCGAUCACAAAACCUGACUGUUUGAUACUGCUGAAUUGAACAAUAACACAGCUGAGAGCAAAUUAAACAAGUAAAACAAACCAAAAAUGAAACACGUUCACUACAACACAGUCCUCACUACAUGCCUUCAUGAAGAUGUCUUUUCAUUUGCAGAUUAAUACCUGUAAACAUAUACUGUAAAUCAUAUUCAUACCCAGUGUCUGUUAACAUAAAAAGUUAACAAAGGGAAAGUCUGGUGUUAUAUUGCAGGAUAUGCUUAGGCUAUAAUUUAUUAAUAUAUUCUACAUUGUUAUAUCUUUAUCGAUCUUACAUCUUUCAUUCAUCUUAAGUAGAUGAACUGAAUAUGCACUUUCUAAAUCCUUUUACAUUAAAUAUCCGGAAUAUGAAGCAUCUGCCAUGUUUUGCCAAUGCAAGUUGACAAUUUUUUUUUUUUUUUCAGUUUAAUGUGCUUAAUGUAUAUUAAAUCAAUAUAUAAGCUCAAUAAAACUAUAUUAUGUAAUUAUUA